AUGUCCAGCAUCGGCCCUGUCCUGGUCACUGGUGGCAAUGGCUUCAUAGCCUACCACAUCAUCGCCAAAAUCCUCGAGGAAGAGCCCGGGUGCAGCAUCCACUGCAUCGAUGUGAAUGUUGACCGCAACCGCCAUGAUACUCCAAAUGUGCACUACCACCAAGGCGAUUUGGCUUCCCCAGAAGAUGUAGAGCGUGUGAUGCAAAUUGCUCGCCCAGUCACCAUCUUCCAUACCGCGUCCCCUGAAUUUUCCGAUGCCCCAGUCACAGCCUACCGGCGUGUCAUUGUUGACGGCGCUCAUCAUGUUCUGGAUGCCGCGCUCAAAGUACACACCGUGCGAGCCCUGAUCAAUACAUCAACCUGCGGCGUUAUCAAUGACAAUCAUACUAAUCUCAUCGACGCCACCGAGGAAAUGCCAAUCCUGCGCCCCCCGCAACAGCAGCGAGUCUACUGCGUCGCCAAAGCUGACGCAGAGGAUGCAAUCCAGGCCGCCAACCGCAAUGGUGGCCAGGAUGUCUGUGGCCUUCUGACCUGCACAAUCCGGCCUGAUCUUGUAUUCGGCGAGCGCGACGCUGGCACUCUAGGUAAAAUGUUCGCGGUCGCGCGCCAGGGCAAGUCGCGCUUCCAGAUGGGCGACGGACAGAAUCCCUAUGAUUUCAUCUACGCUGGCAAUCUUGCGGAUGCACACCUUCUAGCUGCUUAUGCUCUCCUUAAAGCAUGGAGCAAGCCGCCUCCAGCAGACGCAUCUGCCCGUGUUGACGGCGAAAGCUUCCACAUCACAAACGAAGAACCUUGGCUGUUCUGGGAUUUCCAGCGCGCAGUCUCCGCGCUCACAGGCAAUCCAACUGAGCCAAGGGACAUUGUUGUUAUCCCAAAGUGGGUUGGGCUGACGCUUGGGUUCGUGAAUGAAUGGGUUGCAUGGCUGUUUUCUGGUGGCACCAAGCCCGCUAAUAUGACUCGCGAGGGCAUUCGAUUCAGUACCCUUGUUCGUACGCUGAAUGGGGAAAAAGCAAAACGGGUUCUUGGGUAUCGGCCUCGGGUUGGCGUGCAAGAGGGUCUUGAGCGGAGUGUGCGAUGGUUUAUGGAGAAUGAGAAGGGGAACUAG